UCCAUCUAAAAAAAAUUGUCUAAAACUUUUAGACAAAAGUUUAAGAUUUUUUCUUAUUAAAAAAAAAAUAAUUCCCACUCCUGUUCCAAAUUUGAAGAAAGCAUUAUUAACCUGGCAACAAUAAAGGGAAGAAAAGAAGAAAUGGCUGAAAUGGGCAAAAAAAUAUGUUCUCUUUGGAUAUAGAGAUGAGGCCUGCAGGGGGCAGCACCAAGGCAGAGAAAUAGACUAAAAGAUUGCUCAGUCCUUUCCUUGGUCUGGGGCUCCCCGCAGUUCCCCACCAUCACUCCUCCCAUUCCUUUCAACUUUAUUUUUAGCUGCCAGUGGGAGGGGGCAGGAUGGGAGGGAAAGUAAAGAAAACAGAAAAAGAGAGGGACAGACAGAGGCCAGAGAACUUCUCAUACUGGACAAAACGAUCAGGCAUGGAGCUCCCCCUCGUCACUCACCUGUUCUUGUCCCUGAUGCUCCUGACAGGUCUCUGCUCCCCCUUUAACCUGGAUGACCAUCACCCACGCCUAUUCCCAGGGCCGCCAGGAGCGGAAUUUGGCUACAGCGUCUUACAACACGUUGUGGGUGGACAGCGAUGGAUGCUGGUGGGCGCCCCCUGGGAUGGGCCUUCAGGCGACCGGAGGGGGGACGUUUAUCGCUGCCCUGUAGGGGGGGGCCACAAUGCCCCAUGUGCCAAGGGCCACUUAGGUGACUAUCAACUGGGAAAUUCAUCUCAUCCUGCUGUGAAUAUGCACCUGGGGAUGUCUCUGUUAGAGACAGAUGGUGAUGGGGGAUUCAUGGCCUGUGCCCCUCUCUGGUCUCGUGCUUGUGGCAGCUCUGUCUUCAGUUCUGGGAUAUGUGCCCAUGUGGAUGCUUCAUUCCGGCCCCAGGGAAGCCUGGCACCCACUGCCCAACGCUGCCCAACGUACAUGGAUGUGGUCAUCGUCUUGGAUGGCUCCAACAGCAUCUACCCCUGGUCUGAAGUUCAGACCUUCCUGCGAAGACUGGUAGGGAAACUGUUUAUUGACCCGGAACAGAUACAGGUGGGACUGGUACAGUAUGGGGAGAGCCCUGUACAUGAGUGGUCCCUGGGAGAUUUCCGAACCAAGGAAGAAGUGGUGAGAGCAGCAAAGAACCUCAGUCGGCGGGAGGGACGAGAAACAAAGACUGCCCAAGCAAUAAUGGUGGCCUGCACAGAAGGGUUCAGUCAGUCCCAUGGGGGCAGACCCGAGGCUGCCAGGCUGCUGGUGGUUGUCACUGAUGGAGAGUCCCACGAUGGAGAGGAGCUUCCUGCAGCACUAAAGGCCUGUGAGGCUGGAAGAGUGACACGCUAUGGGAUUGCAGUGAGAAUUGACCCUGGAUCUGGAAGGGCUGGAGGUGGGGGAGGGCAGCAUCUUGUGAACUGUCCAAGGACUGGGAACUUGAGGAAAACAAGGGCAUUAACUACUUCCCAGACUUCAGCCACUUUAUGUCAGUUGACUGUGUUCUGUACCAACUCUAAUGCCUCAUUCCUUGAUCUCAUGACCUUUCAGGUCCUUGGUCACUACCUCCGGCGGCAGCGAGAUCCCAGCUCUUUCCUGAGAGAAAUUAGAACUAUUGCCAGUGAUCCAGAUGAGCGAUUCUUCUUCAAUGUCACAGAUGAGGCUGCUCUGACUGACAUUGUGGAUGCGCUAGGAGAUCGGAUUUUUGGCCUCGAAGGGUCCCAUGCAGAAAAUGAAAGCUCCUUUGGGCUGGAAAUGUCUCAGAUUGGUUUCUCCACUCAUCGGCUAAAGGAUGGGAUUCUCUUUGGAAUGGUGGGGGCCUAUGACUGGGGGGGCUCUGUGCUAUGGCUUGAAGGAGGUCACCGCCUUUUCCCCCCACGAAUGGCUCUGGAAGACGAGUUCCCCCCUGCAUUGCAGAACCAUGCAGCCUACCUGGGUUACUCUGUUUCUUCCAUGCUUUUGCCGGGUGGACGCCGCCUCUUUCUCUCUGGGGCUCCUCGAUUUAGACAUCGAGGAAAAGUCAUCGCCUUCCAGCUUAAGAAAGAUGGGGCUGUGAGGGUUGCCCAGAGCCUCCAGGGGGAGCAGAUUGGUUCAUACUUUGGCAGUGAGCUCUGCCCAUUGGAUACAGAUAGGGAUGGAACAACUGAUGUCUUACUUGUGGCUGCCCCCAUGUUCCUGGGACCCCAGAACAAGGAAACAGGACGUGUUUAUGUGUAUCUGGUGGGCCAGCAGACCUUGCUGACCCUCCAAGGAACACUUCAGCCAGAACCCCCCCAGGAUGCUCGGUUUGGCUUUGCCAUGGGUGCUCUUCCCGAUCUCAACCAAGAUGGUUUUGCUGAUGUAGCUGUGGGGGCGCCUCUGGAGGAUGGGCACCAGGGAGCACUGUACCUGUACCAUGGAACCCAGAGUGGAGUCAGGCCCCAUCCUGCCCAGAGGAUUACUGCUGCCUCCAUGCCACACGCCCUCAGCUACUUUGGCCGAAGUGUGGAUGGCCGGCUAGAUCUGGAUGGAGAUGAUCUGGUUGAUGUGGCUGUGGGUGCCCAGGGGGCAGCCAUCCUGCUCAGCUCCCGACCCAUUGUCCACCUGGCCCCAUCGCUGGAGGUGACCCCAGAGGCCAUCAGUGUGGUUCAGCGGGACUGCAGGCGGCGAGGCCAGGAGGCAGUCUGUGCGACUGCAGCCCUUUGCUUCCAAGUGACCUCCCAUACUCCGGGUCGCUGGGAUCGCCGAUUCUACAUGAGGUUCACAGCGUCACUGGAUGAAUGGACGGCGGGGGCACGUGCAGCAUUCGAUGGCUCUGGCCAGAGGCUGUCUGCUCAGAGGCUCCGGCUCAGUGUGGGGAAUGUCACCUGUGAGCAGCUACACUUCCACGUGCUGGAUACAUCAGAUUACCUCAGGCCAGUGGCCUUGACUGUGACCUUUGCCUUGGACAACACCACAAAGCCAGGGCCUGUGCUGGAUGAGGGCUCACCCACCUCCAUACAAAAGCUGGUCCCCUUCUCAAAGGAUUGUGGCCCUGACAAUGAAUGUGUCACAGACCUGGUGCUUCAAAUGAAUAUGGACCUCAGAGGCUCCAGGAAGGCUCCAUUUGUGGUUCGAGGUGGCCGGCGGAAAGUGCUGGUAUCCGCAACUCUGGAGAACAGGAAGGAAAAUGCUUACAAUACUAGCCUGAGUCUCAUCUUCUCUGGAAACCUCCACCUGGCCAGUCUCACUCCUCAGAGGGACAGCACAAUAAAGGUGGAAUGUGCGGCCCCUUCUGCUCAUGCCCGGCUCUGCAGUGUGGGGCAUCCUGUCUUCCAGACUGGAGCCAAGGUAACCUUUCUGCUAGAGUUUGAGUUUAGCUGUUCCUCUCUUCUGAGCCAGAUCUUCAUGAAGCUGACUGCCAGCAGUGACAGCCUGGAGAGAAAUACGACCCUUCAGGACAACACAGCUCAGACCUCAGCCUAUGUCCAAUAUGAGCCUCAGCUCCUGUUCUCUAGUGAGUCCACCCUGCACCGCUAUGAGGUUUACCCAUAUGGGACCCUCCCGGUGGGUCCUGGCCCAGAAUUCAAAACCACUCUCAGGGUUCAGAAUCUAGGCUGCUAUGUGGUCAGUGGCCUCAUCAUCUCAGCCUUCCUUCCAGCUGUGGCCCAUGGGGGCAAUUACUUCCUAUCACUGUCUCAAGUCAUCACUAAAAAUGCAAGCUGCACAGUGCAAAACUUGACUGAGCCUCCAGGCCCCCCUGUGCAUCCAGAGGAGCUUCAACACACAAACAGACUGAAUGGGAGCAAUACGCAGUGUCAGGUGGUGAGGUGCCACCUUGGGCAGCUGGCAAAGGGGACUGAGGUCUCUGUUGGACUAUUGAGGCUGGUUCACAAUGAAUUUUUCCGAAGAGCCAAGUUCAAGUCCCUGACGGUGGUCAGUACCUUCCAGCUGGGAACUGAGCAGGGCAGUGUCCUACAGCUGACUGAAGCUUCCCGCUGGAGUGAGAGCCUCCUGGAGGUGGUUCAGACCCAGCCCCUCCUCAUCUCCCUGUGGAUCCUCAUAGGCAGCAUCCUGGGAGGGUUGCUCCUGCUUGCUCUCCUCGUUUUCUGCCUGUGGAAGCUUGGCUUCUUUGCCCGUAAGAAAAUCCCCGAGGAAGAAAAAAGAGAAGAGAAGUCAGAGCAAUGAAUGUAGAAUAAGGCUCUAGAAAGUCCUCCCUGGCAGCUUCUUCAAGAGACUUGCAUAAAAGCAGAGGUUUGGGGGCUCAGAUGGGACAAGAAGCCGCCUCUGGACUGUGUCCCCAGACCAGCAGCCUGAGUUGACUUUUGAGUCGUAGGGAUGCUGCUGGCUAGUGAUGAAGCCUUACCUCAGACAAGAAGAGCUGGCACCAAAACCAGCCAUGCUCCCACCCUCUGCUUCCCUCCUCCUAAUGAUCCUGGUUCCAUAGCCAACACUGGGGCCUUUGUUUGGGGUCCUUUUAUCCCCAUCCCCAGGAAUCAAUAAUUUUUCUGCCUAGGUCCCUGACUCCUUUCAGAUUCCCUCUUUAUCUUCCUUCACAGUUUGGAAAGGAUGAGGGUUAUCUUCCUCGAUUCUUCCACCCUCACCUUCCUGCCUGUUCCCUGCUCCACAGGAGGGAGCUGACGUUGGCUUGACAGGAGUAAAGUCAACAUCUGCUGCUUU